AUUGCCGUGAGUCUCACGUGUAGUUAAUAGCUCUGUAUUCAGUUUAUUUUAUUAAGUUUUAGCCAUGACAGAAGGAAAGCAGAAAUCGAAGCGGAGUCAGAAACUGUUGGCUCUCAACCCCAGCGAGGAUGCAGCGUUCAAGAACAAAGUGCAGCAGGUUAAAAAGAAUAAACAAGAGUCUCUAAGUCCAGGUGUGGUGUACAUGGGCCACCUUCCUCGCACUCUAGCUGAGCCACAGCUCCGAUCAUACUUUUCCCAAUUUGGGAAAAUUCAACGCUUAAGGCUCUCCAGAAGUAAAAAGACUGGCAGAAGUAAAGGCUACUGCUUUGUGGAGUUUGACUGUGACGAGGUAGCCAAGAUUGUUGCUGAGACCAUGGACAACUACCUUAUGGGAGAGAGGCUGAUCAAAUGUCACCUGGUGCCACCUGAGAAGAUUCAUGAAAAGCUCUUUGUUGGUUCUGAGAAAUUGUUUAAAAAGCCCUGUCGGCCUGCCGUUGCACGCUAUAAUAAAAGUCAUGACUCGGAGAAAAUGAAGAAACUUACUGAUAAGCUCCUAAGCAAAGAAUCCAAGCUUCGUAAGAGACUGGCAGCAAAGGGCAUUGACUACGAUUUUCCUGGAUUUGCGGCUCAAAUUCCAGAAAAGAAAUCCCAGUUAGAUGCUGAUGUGUCGGUCUGUAGUGAGGAUGUAACACCGGUCUGCACACCAUCAGUGCUGGAGCGAAGAAGGUCUAUGAAAGUCGAAGAUGAAGAUAUAGAUAAUGAAAUUGUUCUCAAAGUCCAGCCUUCAUUAAAUAACACAGACGAAGAUUAUGAUUCUGCUGAUACAGAGGAGGAGGAGGAUGAAUGUUCAGAGGAAGAGGAGGAACAGUCGGAUGAUGAUGAGGCUUGAACCUCAUCUGGAAAUGAAUUAAAACUGAAAAAAUACAACUUAAAUCAUAAUAAUGGGCUACACUGGACAGCCUAGUGUGUAGUUGUAUGUUUGUUCCUCUACAAUUAAGGGGAAUUUCAGACAUUGCUGAUGUUCUGUGUUGACGUUGUUCAAUGCACUCAGAAACUUUCAGCAUUUGUGUAUAUUUUUAUGCCAGUUUUAUCUCUGGUGUUCCACUUACUAUGGUUCUGUUCACUGUUUUGUUUAAGCAAUUUUGUGCUUUAAGCAUGCAGUCCAAUCAGCUCUAAAAAUACAGAUAAUACUUGUUUCAUGGGACUCUAUGUAAAAUCACUUGACCUUUUGUACAUUUUGAAAAAGGAAGAUGGUCAAAAUACUGUUAUGGACAGCAAAUACAUUUCUAUUUAGCUGUAUGAAAUGUGCAUACAAAAUCAAUUUAUUAAGCUGUAAUGGGUAAAUAUAAAUCAGUGAUUAUUUGUGGAAGUGUAGCAUUAUUAUUAAGAUGUUAUUACAAUACAGUAUUCACUGAUUAAUAUGACUGGUUUGGCAAAAUGUGCUUUUUGUCACUGUUGCAGCCCAGUGUUUGGGGAAUUGUUAACUAAACUUCAACAUUUUAUUUUUCUCUAAUUAAAAAAAUGAUAUAUAAUUUGUA